GAAGAAGUGUGUCCUAAAUAUAAAAGUGAGCUUUUGCGAGGGAGGAGUCAUCUAGUGGAAGAAUCUGAGAGGUCUGGGGCAGGCUCUUUCUUCUUCACCCAAUUCUUUCAUAUUCUUCUUCAAUCUUCCAUUUGCAAUCUUCAACCUUCAACCUCGAAGCUCAUUCUCAUCUUCUCUGUUAGUAACUACCCAUGUCUUUUCUCCUAGAUGAUUGCAGGGAACACUUAUUGGAAGUGGAUUCAAAUGCCAAACCCAAAUUCAAGAUAACCAAUCUCACCAGAGUUUCCCACGACGGAGUUUCAAUCCUCAAAGGCAUCAACCUUGACAUCCCAAAGGGUGUCGUCGUUGGGGUCAUAGGCCCCAGCGGCAGCGGCAAGUCAACGCUCUUAAGAGCCCUGAACCGCCUCUGGGAACCGCCCUCCGCCUCCGUCUUCCUCGACGGCCAAGACAUCUCCCAUCUCGACGUUCUCUCCCUCCGCCGGAAAGUUGGCAUGCUUUUUCAACUCCCUGCCCUCUUUCAAGGCACAGCUGCUGAUAAUGUGAGGUAUGGACCAGGGCUUAGAGGGAAAAAGCUAACCGAUGAUGAGGUGCGCAAGUUGCUGGCAAUGGCGGACUUAGAUGCUUCUUUCAUGGAUAAGUCCGGGGCUGAACUCUCUGUGGGUCAAGCUCAAAGGGUUGCACUUGCUAGGACUUUGGCCAAUUCACCAGAGGUUUUGUUGUUGGAUGAGCCUACUAGUGCGUUGGAUCCUAUAUCCACAGAAAACAUAGAGGAUGCCCUGAUGAAGCUGAACAAGAACAGGGGCAUGACAGUGAUCAUGGUCUCUCAUAGCAUCAAACAGAUCCAGAGAAUCGCAGACAUAGUGUGCCUGCUUGUUGAUGGUGAAAUUGUUGAAGUUCUGAAGCCUGAUAAACUCUCUGAGGCCAAGCAUCCCAUGGCUCGAAGGUUUCUUGAACUCAGUUCUUAGGGGUCCUAACCUAAGCUAAGAGUUGUAAAAUUCUGUCUUGACUUGUUUGGUUUUGAGAACAUUUUAUUCUGUUCUUGAAGCCACGAUGAUUGUUCUUGCUGAUUUAUCAGCCAUGUGGACCUGUUCUCCAUUUAAACCAUUGAACCAAUCAUCUGUGAUUAUUUAUUUCUAUAUAUGUUGCUUUCAACGCUGUUUGAUGACAUCCUGGGCUGACAUAGGAUUGUGAUAGCGGAGGUUUGGUUACAGUAUGAUGUUUUGCAAAAUGCUACUAAAUACGAAUUUUGUUCUUCAAGAUUA